GUCGUUCGGUUGAAAAGUUACUUUCCAUGGAGCAUGCGUGCAGUUUGGCGAGUCUCGAUUCGGAAUGGACAGCGACCACACAAGAGCCUGGAUCAGUUGAUGACAAUAAUAUAUCUGUAAACUGUAACAAAGAACUGGAAACAUAUUUCACUUGCCACGACGAGGAUUUAUAUAUACAACCGAGUAGUCCGCAGUCGUCCCAUAACGGCAGCUCAAGUCACCUCUCAAGGGAACUCCACGAAGGUGUUCCGGCACUUUACAUGCUUUCCGAUGACGAACUCGCGAUUGAUGGGUCGGGAAAGUCAGUGGAUUAUGGAUUCAUAAGCGCUGUGACCUGCCUCGUGACUGGUAUUUUGUUAGUUUCCAUAUCCUAUGCAAUCCCCCUGGACGUCAAAGUGGACUCGGACAGGGUCUCGGCUCGGGAGAUGGAGAGCUUGGAAAGGGAGAACGCUCGAGUUUGGGCUGGGGUGGAUAAGUGUGUCAUAGCUGGUCUCUGCCUGCUAACCUUUGGGGGUGUUAUGAUGUCUACCCUGGUGAUGGUCUCUAUGAGGAGAGAAGAGGUGGUUAGGAGAACGGCCUUUGGCUAUUCCAUGCUGCCUGUAAAGUUAUAUGGCUCCAUCGCUUUAAGAGGAGGCUCAAACCAGACUCUGGCCGCCUCUUCACAACUGUCUGUUGCGGACGGAGAUUUAGAAGUCUGCUGAAAUCCAUACCCUUAUCCUAACGACACCUUAUGGUGCACAAGUUGUAAACUGUAAAUUGUCUCUUUUGUGAAAGGUCUGUUUCAAAUUGUUGUCAUAGAUUUGUCAUAAAAAUGUCCAUUACACUUAUAGAGCCGAAUAAACAUGAGAGCUGUGGUUGCGAAAUGGAGCUUGGUAAAUAGUUGUUACUUUGUGGUUUUGAACAUUAACAACCAAUCUCAAAGAUCAAGUCCUUAUGUGAAUGUCUUCUGUCAAAUGAGACCAUGCUUGUGUUUAACCAUGGCUACAUCUUUAUAAUAGGACUAUAAUGGGGUGAAGCUCAGAGGGUAGAACAUUUGACAGCAGAUCAACAGGUCACAGGGUCAAAUCCUCCCUGCACAUUGCAUUAGAUUAAAACAUCUGCUGAAUUAUUAUUAUUAUUUAAUAUUAAACAAUCAUUAUUAAUACUUUCAGCUCCUGUUAAAUGUGCUACAUGUAAACAAACACUCAAACACCAGCCUUCCCCGUCUGGAUGCAGUCACUCAAACACCAGCCUUCCCACUGUGGAUGCAGUCACUCGGGUCAUUAUUCAGCACUGCUGACUGAAUUGGAUUGCUGGCAGGGUUACGCAAAGUUAACAGCAGGGGGGGACUGUGUUUGCUGGGAACCAGAACAGUGUUGGUCUGAUACACAUGGAGUGUUCCUCAGUUGGGAGCCUGCAGUCUGGAUCCCAGCGGUUCUGUAUCCCUCUCUCUGGUUAUGGAUUAACACAGUCUUGACUUUUUGAAUCCUCGUUUCAUCUGUCUUAACAUUACCGAGCUAACACAAUUCCGACCAAGCUGGUUGAGACACAGACAGCUCGAUGUGUCUCAGACGUGAGAUACACUGCCAGCGUGUGGGUUAGCAUAUCUGGUGUAUGCUGUGAAAGUGCCAACCUGUCAAUAAGAAACUCAGACCUAGCAGAGAACCCUAUUAUAUUAGAGAGGCUUCACACAACCAUAUGCUGUAUAAUUCUGAUCAAUAAAUCAUUUAUCCACAAGGGAAUGUAGAGUGUUUCUGAUGUGCCAUUUUUGCAGACCU